UUUCAACCUUCCCCUUCCAUUUCACCAUUUGUCGCCCCACUUUCUGAACAAAGGAACAGUUGGCGGCGAUACGGCGGCGACGGCACUAAGCCAGCCAGCCUAUACGGCUGGACAGAAACUGUAACGCAGAACGAACGCAGAACGGCAGAAGUCAAUCCUUUGUUCAAUUUGCUCCCGGAUCAGACUCCGAAAUUCGAUUAGCUAUGGUGAUCCUCUAGUAGGCAAGUAACUAAUUGCAGAGUUAUGGAGCCCUGAGUCGUCGUCGAUAGGACGAACUUUAAAGUAGGAUGUUUCGCGCCAGGCACGCCCUGGCACGAUUGAAGCACCGUCGGCUGUGCACCACCACCGCUAAGCCCAAUCACAACAACAAGAAGAGCUACGACAGCGGCGGCAACAAUGGCGGUGAUAAUAACAAGCAACCAGCGAGUAUUACCAGAUACAAUGAAACAUAUAGCCAGCUGGGCAAGCUCGAUUUCAUGACCGCCGCCAAGAUCCUUUUCGCGGAGACCCCCAAGCAAAAGAAGUUCGGGCUUGAUUUUCACCUGGUACAACUGUUCUUUGUCUGUUUGCCAUCAUUGGCUGUGUACUUGGUAGCCAUGUAUGCUCGUCGUGAAAUGGAGCGAGUGGAAACGGAAUUCCAGCAGAAGAAGAAGAAAGAAGAAGAGACGAGAGCAGAAGAGGAGGAGCAGAAAGCCCUUGAAGUAGAAGCCAAGUCAAAUGCUGCUAUAUCAGAGGUGAAAGAGAGGGUGGAUAAACUAGAAGUGGCCCUGAAUGAAAUUGUGGUUGAUAAGAAGAAAGAUAGUUCCAGUGGCAGCAGCAGUAGUAGUAGUACGAAUGUAGCGAAACGCCUCUCGCCAAUUGACCCGAGCCAGGAACGGUUUGGGAGUGGGAAAAAGUCAUGAAAAGGAAAAGAAACGUCUGAAAUGAAGGUUUACUCAGAGACGACUGAGAUGGGGAUAGAAUCAGUCAAUCCUUUGAAAUGGAGGCUAAGAUAGUAGGGCGAUGGCGUAUGGACCUUCUUGUUGACUUGACUUCCACUGAUCAUUGAACAAAUGGAGCACGGUGAUGCCGAUGCGAGCUAACAAUGGCACUGUUUUGUUUAUGAACCAUCCUCUGAUCUUCGCUCGCAAAAUUGUUCUCAUCAAACUCUAUCGUAAAUAAUUCUAGCUUAUAACCCGUUCCGUUGUGGGAAUAUUUAUAUUUGAUUAUGUAUAUUUUCAUAUUACAUUUAAGUUUAUCAAUCCGU